AUGCUCCUCCCGGUGCUUUUGGCCCCCAUCGUUGCCUUCGUGGGACUUGCUCAGGGUGCCAAGUUGCCCGUUGUCGACCUUGGGUAUGGACUCCAUCAAGCAAUUGGAUACAAUGGGACCUUCGACUUCUACAACUUCUCCAACAUCCGAUAUGCUCGGCCUCCAACCGGCAGUCUUCGCUUCACGGCUCCCCAGCCUCCAUUGACGAACAGAACGGUGCAAGAUGGCAGCUCCGGAGGCACCUGUCCUCAAUCAUACCCUGUCUGGUACCUCUGUGGCUUGGCUCUGCUGAGCGGCUCCAUUACCUCCACCGCUUCCUGCGAUGCCGGCCUUAUUCCUAAACCUGAACCUACGGAACAGGAAGACUGCCUAUUCCUGGAUGUCAUUGUCCCGAAACAGAUCUUCCCAAACGCCAGCGCAAAACACGCGACAGGAGCCCCGGUGAUGGUCUGGGUGUACGGAGGUGGUUUUACGUUCAGCAAGAUGUAUCAGGAUGGAAAUCCUGCCGGGCUCAUUCAGAGAAGCCGCGAAGAGGACCCCAGUGGCAAAGGCGUGAUCUACGUUACCUUCAACUAUAGAGGCGGAGCGUUUGGUUUCUUAUCAGGACCCAAUGUCCAAUCCAACGGCACGGCCAACGCGGGCCUUCUUGACCAGCGUAUGGCACUCGAGUGGGUGCAACAGUACAUCCAUCUUUUUGGAGGCGAUCCCAAGCAGGUCACCGUGUUCGGACAGUCCGCGGGAGCCGGGUCCAUCAUGCACCAGAUCACGGCGUACGCGGGCUUGAAGGGACCGGCACCUUUCCAGCGGGCCAUUCUGCAAUCCCCGGGCUUCGAACCGUUUCCCAGUCACUGGGAGCAGGACAACCUGCUGCAGAGGUACCUGGGCCUCCUCAACGUGUCAACCAUCCAAGAGGCGCGCGGUUUGCCCUUCGCUGCCCUCUCUGCCGCCAACGUGGAACUCGUCGCAUCUUCUCCCUAUGGGACGUUCACGUUCGCGCCCACGGUCGACGGCGACCUCGUGCCCAGCCUGCCGGGCAAUCUGCUGGCGCAGGGGAACUACGACACGACGGUGCAGAUCAUGACGGGCUUCAACACGCACGAGACGCUGUACUUCACCGACCCGGACAGCACCAACAACUCGAUCUUCCUGUCCAGCAUCACGGGGACGUUCCCGGGCAUCCAGCCGUCGGUGGCAAACUACGUGGCCGAGACGCUGUACCCGCCGAUCUUCAACGGGAGCUACCCCUACACCUCGUUCUACGAGCGCGCCGAGCUCACGCUGCAGGAGAGCGCCUUCACCUGCAACACCUUCUUCCUGCAGACGGCCGCCGCCCGCAAACUGAAGAACCCGGCGGCGGACUACGGCUACCGCUUCAGCGUCCCGCCCGCCUACCACGGCCAAGACGUGGCUUACACGUACUACAACCCCGCGACGGCCGGCGCGAGCGUCAACGCCACCAUCGCCCUGCUCAUGCAGCGCGCCCUGACGCGCUUCGCGCUGACCGGCAAUCCGAACCGCAAGGGCGACGCCCCGAGCACCGUCAUGCCUGUAUAUCAGGACCAGAACCAGAGCCAGGGGGCGGCGGCGGCAGGCAAGAUCCUCGACCUCAACGUCACGGGGCUGACGGUGAUUGCGGACCCGAACGACAACGAUCGCUGUCGCUGGUGGCAGAAGUCGCUGUACUAUUGA